AUGCAAAUGAAGGGGGCGGGCCCCUGUCGGGGCCCCGCCUCCCUCCCCCGCAGCUGAGGCCAGCGGUGCCGAGCGCAGCUGGACGAGCGGCGGCAGCUGGGCGAGUGACAGCCGCAGCUCCGCGCGCGCGGCCGCCAGAGCCGGCGCAGGGCAGCGGCCGCCUCCUCCCGCGCCUCCCGGCCGCAGCCCCGGGCCCCGGGCCGGCCCCCUCGCCGGCGCCCGCUCCCCGCGCGCAAGAUGGCUGACCCCGCUGCGGGGCCGCCGCCGGGCGAGGGCGAGGAGAGCACCGUGCGCUUCGCCCGCAAAGGCGCCCUCCGGCAGAAGAACGUGCACGAGGUGAAGAACCACAAAUUCACCGCCCGCUUCUUCAAGCAGCCCACCUUCUGCAGCCACUGCACCGACUUCAUCUGGGGCUUCGGGAAGCAAGGAUUCCAGUGCCAAGUCUGCUGUUUUGUCGUGCACAAGCGGUGCCAUGAAUUUGUCACUUUCUCCUGCCCAGGCGCUGACAAGGGGCCAGCCUCUGAUGACCCCCGGAGCAAACACAAGUUUAAGAUCCACACUUACUCCAGCCCCACGUUUUGUGACCACUGCGGGUCCCUGCUGUAUGGACUCAUCCACCAGGGGAUGAAAUGUGACACCUGCAUGAUGAACGUCCACAAGCGCUGCGUGAUGAACGUCCCCAGCCUCUGUGGCACGGACCACACGGAGCGCCGCGGCCGCAUCUACAUCCAGGCGCACAUCGAGAGGGAAGUUCUCAUCGUUGUCGUAAGAGAUGCCAAAAACCUUGUACCCAUGGACCCCAACGGCUUGUCAGAUCCUUACGUGAAACUGAAGCUCAUUCCUGACCCCAAGAGUGAGAGCAAACAGAAGACCAAAACCAUCAAGUGCUCCCUCAACCCGGAGUGGAAUGAGACCUUCAAAUUCCAGCUGAAAGAAUCGGACAAGGAUAGAAGACUGUCUGUGGAGAUUUGGGACUGGGACCUGACCAGCCGCAACGACUUCAUGGGGUCUUUGUCGUUUGGGAUCUCUGAGCUGCAGAAAGCUGGCGUCGAUGGCUGGUUUAAGCUGCUGAGCCAGGAGGAGGGCGAGUACUUCAACGUGCCGGUGCCGCCGGAGGGAGGUGAGGGCAGUGAGGAGCUACGGCAGAAGUUUGAGCGGGCCAAGAUCGGUCAGGGGACCAAGGCUCCGGAGGAGAAGACAACUAACACCAUAUCCAAAUCGGACACCAAUGGGAACAGAGACCGGAUGAAGCUGACGGAUUUUAACUUCCUCAUGGUGCUUGGGAAAGGCAGCUUUGGCAAGGUCAUGCUCUCGGAGCGGAAAGGCACAGACGAGCUGUACGCCGUGAAGAUCCUCAAGAAGGACGUGGUGAUCCAAGAUGACGACGUGGAGUGCACGAUGGUGGAGAAGCGGGUGCUGGCCCUGCCCGGGAAGCCGCCGUUCCUGACGCAGCUGCACUCCUGCUUCCAGACCAUGGACCGCCUGUAUUUCGUGAUGGAGUACGUGAAUGGCGGGGACCUCAUGUAUCACAUCCAACAGGUCGGCCGCUUCAAGGAGCCUCACGCUGUGUUUUACGCUGCAGAAAUUGCCAUCGGGCUGUUCUUCCUGCAAAGCAAGGGCAUCAUUUACCGGGACCUAAAACUUGACAACGUGAUGCUGGAUUCUGAGGGCCACAUCAAGAUCGCUGACUUCGGCAUGUGUAAGGAAAAUAUUGGGGACGGCGUCACGACGAAGACCUUCUGCGGCACCCCAGACUACAUCGCCCCAGAGAUAAUUGCUUAUCAGCCGUAUGGAAAGUCAGUGGAUUGGUGGGCGUUCGGGGUCCUGCUCUAUGAAAUGCUGGCUGGGCAGGCGCCCUUUGAAGGGGAGGACGAGGACGAGCUCUUCCAGUCUAUCAUGGAGCACAACGUGGCUUAUCCAAAGUCGAUGUCCAAGGAAGCCGUGGCCAUCUGCAAAGGGCUGAUGACCAAACACCCCGGCAAGCGCCUGGGCUGUGGCCCCGAGGGCGAACGAGACGUGAAGGAGCACGCGUUCUUCCGGUAUAUCGAUUGGGAGAAACUCGAGCGCAAAGAGAUUCAGCCGCCAUAUAAGCCAAAAGCUUGUGGACGAAAUGCUGAAAACUUCGACCGGUUUUUCACCCGCCACCCGCCCGUCCUAACCCCUCCUGACCAGGAAGUCAUCAGGAAUAUUGACCAAUCAGAAUUCGAAGGAUUUUCCUUUGUUAACUCUGAAUUCCUAAAACCUGAACUCAAGAGCUAAGUAGAUGUGUAGAACUCCGUCCUUUGUUUCUGUCAUUCAAGCUCGGCUACGGCGGUGACAUUUUUUUUGUUUUGUUUGUUUGUUUCAUUACCACGUUGCAUCCAUGUGUUUUAUUUGCUGAUGACACUAGAGUGGCCAUGUUUCGGAAUCCAAAUGCCCUCAGGUCGUUUGGGACAUGCUAAGAGAUGAGCUUAUGCAGAUGGCCUGUGGAAAAAAACGCUACUGCAUAAUGAACACGUCAUCGAAGUCCUCUUGCAGUGGAUGUUCCCCAGCAUGUCAGCUACGUAGAUCCAGUGGGGGACACAGAAUGCCUGCUGCUUUUCCCUUUUUUUUUUUUUUCUGCAUUGCCAUUGUCACACAUUCUCCAGUGCCAACCAUCCAAUCUCGAUUCUUCCCACCCACGAGGGUGGGUGAUCGGAUGCUAGCGGUGUCAGCUUCCUUCAGUCCUGGGGCUUGGCUGGCAUCCAGACACAUGGUUGCUUUGCUUUAGAGGAAAGGCCUCCAUCGUGCCUGACUGGGAGGCACCACGAGCUUUGAAAAGAGCAGACAAAAAAAAAUACAAUUUUGCUUGCUGUUUUCCAUGACUCAAAGUGAAGGAGGUUGCCUAAGCCCUUUUAAAAUUCCGCUUCCAUCUGAAAGCACCUCAAGAGGUCAAAAGGCAACCAGCUUAGGUGCUCCCUCGGGGUCACCUUCAUCCCCAAACAAUGUGGGAAGAGCAUUUGGCAUCACUUCCUGAAGAUACAUGGUCACUCUAGCAAGGUCCCCAAGGACCGGGAUUUUACGUUACAUUUCAAACUUUAUUUGCUUUGGGGUUUUAUUUCUGUUGUUCAAACGCAAAACAAAAAAAAUUACUUUGUUACACAUGCUUUGAAAUAUGUGUCCAAAUGUUAUUGACAGCAAUGACCUACUUUGAUUUACAAAGACGGUGGCUCUCAAGCCCGUAGCAGACUCACGCCUGAGCGGAUGGGACUGGGCUGGGUGGGUGGCUGACUUUUGAAGGCCGAUGAAGGGUUCUGGGGAAGACACCAUCUCCUGAAAUGUAGACAGCUGUAUUCUUCUCUUUGAUGUUGUUUUACAAGAUGUUUGUGGAAAUGUUCAUUUGUAUCUGGAUAUCUGUUAUGUGCCAUUUUUCUUCUAGCAUCGAGAUGCAAUUAAAAAAAAAAACAAAGAAGAAAUGCUAUUUCAAGGAAAACAGCUCUCUUUGAAAAAAUGUGGACCCAAACUACAAGCGGGGCCUCCUGAGGCUCUGGGACAGAAUGAGCCAAACUCAGAGUUUAAUCUCAGCCCCGUGUUCCACCAGUCAGAGAGGCUGAGGCUGCAGACCAUUCAGGGGGUCCCCCGGUCCCGUAAUGGGGUGGGGCAAGCUAACCAGGGCCCCCCACGAUCUCAGAGCCCAAAGCCCACAUUCCCACUGGAGUCAGGUUUGGGGGUUGGCUAGGAAUAUGCCAGGACUCUUGCUUUUCUUAUCAAAACUGCCACUCCCCCCUGCUUGGACUAAAUAGUCUUCUUAGCAAGCAACUCUCUGAACCCCAGAAGCCCAAGGAAACCCCUGGGGUGGGAGAAACCCCAUUUCUCUCUGAGCAGAUGGAGACAGCGAGGGGUCCCCAUCCUUGUCUCCUGCUAUUCCCAGGCAGCCCUAAAGAGAAUUCUUAUCAGAGUUGAGUCAUUUCCGGAAGCUCUGGGGCUUCUAAGAGACCAUCAAGGGAACUUUUACUAACCUGACAAAUGUCCUUGAAGGGAGCCUUCUCAUCUUUAAGAAAACCGUGUUUGGGUUUCCGCUUAGGCAGAUGCCCCUGCUGCCUGCCCGUUCCUUUCUGCCCGCUUGCUUCUCCUCGCUGCAGGCUUUGGGCCCCCUCCCUGCUCCUGGUCUUGUGGCAGCGGCCUAAACCACGGGUAAAGCAAACCUCAAGUCCUCGCUGACAAGCGUAGGGGGCUAGAGAGGGAGAGAGAUCAGACGUAAUUGUUGGGGGAACUGGGAUCUGGAGAGAGGAAGUGACUUGCCCAAGGUCAGCCAGCUGCGAAGCAAAGCUGGGUUUCCUGACGUUCAGCAUGGGACCCUCUCUGCUCUCUACCUGGCGUCUCUGAGCCAUGCCCACCAGCAGGCAAGCGAUUUGAGGACCUCUAUCUGGCUGUUGGGUCACCAGGCCUUUCCUUGGGUAUGUUGUCAGGAAGGUAAACACCAUGGAGAAACACUGGGCCGUUGACGAAUGAUUUGAGACAACUUUAGAGACCAAUGUAAGAUAGAUAGAUGAUAGAUAGAUAGAUAGAUAGAUAGAUAGAUAGAUAGAUAUAGGAAGAAUAUACUGUAUAUAUACACUUGUACUCUACAUUUUCCAAAUUGCUGCCAUUGUUUUCCAAAAGUUGAAUCGUUUGCAGAGAUGAGACCUUAAGCCAAAGUUUCUGCCCUGACACGCCUCGCCGAGGUGGGCAGGGGAGCCUCAGGGAAGGGGGCGUGGGUCAGGGCAUCUGCAGCUUCCUUUUCCAUCAGCAUUUCAAGUGCAGAGCGGACCAGGACACACAGCUUUCCACACACACAGUUUCUGGGGACUGCUUUGCAAGUUCAUCCAGGAAGAGAGUUGCAUUCGUUUUUCCCAUCCUGCGUCUCUUCCACCCACCAUCCCUUUCCCCGGGAGGCAUUCACUGAGACCGACGUGUGCCAGGCUCUGUGCUGGGUGCCAGGAGCACAGCAGGCAGCCAUAAAGAUGCAGCCCAGAGGGGGAGUCAUCUGUCCGAGUCAGUCAGGGAUGGCUUCGUACCAGAAAGGAAAAGUCCUCGCAAGUCUUCAGGGGUCUGCUUUCUCUCUUCAGACCACAGUUUGAGCUGGAGGAGAAGGAGCAGUAGUGCCUUCUUCACCCACAUUGUGGGGAAGUCCUAUACUGUGGGGGUGGGGAAGGAGAGGGUAGCAUGGUAACCAGGGUGGGUUUCCUUCUAGAAGGCCAAAGGCACCAUCUCCGUGCUUGAACAGGCCACAGAAUCACGGCGGGCUGAGCAGAGACAGAUACCCCUACGGAGAGCGGGCUCUGGUUGUCCUCAGUUCCGAGUCCCGCCUUUUGGGGUUUAUCACUCAGAUUUUCGCAGGCAGUCCCCUUUCUAGCUGUCAGGGAGACCCUGCCGCCCUUCCAGCACAAUGCACCCAGCUUGACAAUUCCUGGUGCUUCUAUUGGGUUGUCGGAAAAGCCAUGAUGCAUUUUUGCAAUGAAAAACAUAGAAAAAAUACAUCAUGACUUUUCCAACAACCCAAUAGAUCAGACAGCCUGAGGUUUUCCAAUGAACUUAAUUAGGGGAGAAUUGAAAAAAAAAAACAAAGACAGAAACUAAGUAAGAACAUCCAAAGAACCUAAACACAGUGCAUGUUAUUAGCCGUGGGGGAUUGUCUACCAGGAUCCCAGAAACCCUCUCUUCACUUGUUAGGCUUCUCACUCCGCUGCUGCCCUUCUGAGAGGAGGGGGCCCGAUCACAGAGACCUUGGGCAUUGAUACGAGGCCCGUGGAAUUCAAACCCUCUCUGGCCGAGUAAGACUUUUCCCAAUGGCUUUAGAUGCUUUCAACUCAGAAAGGAAUUGUCCCAACAGAGAGGCUCAUGUGCUCCCGAUUUCUAGGGUAAAAUUCAGGGGUAAUGACUGCAGGGGUCUCUCCACAGGACAGACUCCACAGUGACAAGUUCUAUCUGGACCAUUGGCCAUUUCAUCCCCGGCACAACAGAUGGGGAGGGGCCUUCGAAAUAGUGGCUGAUGGGAAAGGAAUCUGCUGGAUGCUCAGAGGCAGGGAAGGCCCCGUGGGGUCAGUGUCACCAGGGGGACCUGAGAGGCGGUGGCCUCCUGCCUUCCAGCCCCAAAUCGGCCAGGGCCCACGCCCAGCUCUGGAGCUCAGACCUCGACGGGGAUGAAUGCAGCCCGUCCCUGCUGGGGGUCCAAAUGUGAGAGGCCCUUAGGAUCAACAGGAACAGCUUCCAUUGUUUUGCUCCAGAGUGAGGUGUCUGGCUCAGGAGAGGCUCUAAGUUGGGGAAAGUAAAGAGGCCCGUCCUUAGUCAAGUCUCCAUUCAUUGAUUCGUUCAUUCGGCAAAGAAUCGCAGACAGCCUGCUGCGUGCCAAGCGCUGCACUUGGCACCGGAAAUACAAUAGUGAAGAAACAGACAAGGACCCUCCGUCCCUGGAAACAGGCAGUAAAUAAACCAGCAUCUGAUAACAGCAAGAGUGAUGAAGACCCUUAAAAGGGUGGCAGGUAUGACUUGCAGGGUCCAGGCAGGCAUGGCAUUGGAGCCUUUCCUGGGACAUGAAAAGGAACAGUCUGACAGCAGGCAGGACAAGACCACGCUGAAUGGGGGGGAGGGGGGCCUGGCAGGAGAGGCCCCGCCAUCCAGGAAACAUUUCUGCCAGCCCGAUCCGAUCCGACUGCACCUACUGAGGUGUGUUGCUGGUGUCUCACCACUCCCUACACCCCACACGUGCACCACCACAGUAAGUGGGGCGCUACGUAAGGACAUUCUACCUACCUCAGGGGGACAGCCAAAAGGAAGGAAUUUCUGGGUGGCUUUUUGCAAAGGGAAAGCAGCCCAGCAGUGAGAAACCCUUAUCAGUCAGCGCCCACUGGGGCGUCAACCUACAGCCUGGGAGACAUUGGCCAAACUAGCAAGUCCGUCAGGCCUCACGAACCUGCCCUUCUUUACAAUCGUGACGCACCGCUGGUGUCAGCUGUCCGGUAGCCGUGAAGUCCAGCUGUUAGCCUUGGUUGUCCUGUAAUGAAUCAGCCAUCAGGCUGUCCCCCUCGUCAGCGGGGCCGAGAUGAGGCCUCAUUAGGAGUGGGGUGGUCAGGUAAACAUCACGAACCUGCUGUGCGGUCUUGGGCAAGUCACUUCACCUUCCUGUGCCUCCGUUUUCUCCUGUGUCCAACCAUGGGGGGUAAGGACUGUAGCUCUACCUGCCGCCCGGUGGGUGGUGAGGAGAGGAGGAGAUGAUCGGAGGACAAAGACCCUGAAGCGGUGAGAGCAUCGUGCAGACACGAGAUGUUUUGAUUAGCCCACACUCUGACAUUCCCUGGUAAAACUCACCGAAAACUGUGCUUAACCUGGGAUUAAUGCCUGCCCCUCCCCGCAAAGAAAUGUCAGACUAACGAGGAGAAUAGACUUUUUGUUUGUUUGUUUGAAGGCUGCCCUUACAGACCUUAAUUUUCAGCUUUGGGUUUUGUUUCUUACAGUUUGUUGACUAGAUACGUGCUAUAAACAUUCUUGGGGAGACCUUCUGGCUGACGACCCACAUGUCAGGUGUGGGUGAAUUUCUGGGUGCCCCUUGAAAGCCUGGAUUGUACCAGGGAAUGUGGGGUGGACAGUGGCUGGCUCUUUUCAUUAAGCACUGACCUGAUUUCCCCACAUACCUUCUGCUUUGCGGGGAGCCAUGCUCCCUUUUAAAGAAAGGGGCCUCCAGCCACAGGAGUCACUGUUGGGUGCUUUCCUCCGGGACACCCUCCCCAGGGACUAACUCUGUGGCAUUACACCUGGGAAGAGGUCAUUUCCAACCCAGUUCAUCUCAAAGCCAAAGAAAACAGAGCACCCCGCCCCCCCGCCCCGCUUUAUGGCGAUCAUCAAAGAAAGUCGAUAUCUCAUUUCCUUUCUUAGAAAAUGUCCAAGUGUUCUGUCCUGAAAGCCAGCCUACGACGUGAAAGGAAAGCGAGGGGCUUGCACGUGCAAUGCAGCUGCUAAAAUCUGUCAGCUCGAGGCUCUUUCUGACCCUGCCUGUGAGAUGUCAUCAGCCGCCCGAGGGCUGGCGCGUCUCAGUCCCGUGUCCUUCUGCUUAUGCUGUGUUAAUGUGUCUGCUUUCCAUUUGGCAGAGAGACAGGCGAGAUACCUCCAACUUCGACAAAGAGUUCACCAGACAACCUGUGGAACUCACACCAACUGACAAACUCUUCAUCAUGAACUUGGA